CAGAUUAUCUACAAUUCUGUGGCACAUUUGAUUUCAAAUGAUGAAACAAAUAAAAAGACUUUUUGUCACGGUGGGAACCACACAGUUUGAUUCACUGAUCAAAGAGGUUACAUCUGUUCCUGUUUUGGAUGUGUUAGCAAAACUUGGCUUCACUCAUGUAAAUUUGCAAAUAGGAAGAGGAACAUAUGAGCCAACGGAAAUUGCAGAAACAAAUAUUACACCAUGUAUAACCUACUAUCGGUUCAAAGAUUCCCUUGUUGAUGACAUUGCUGAAGCAGACCUUGUUAUUUGCCAUGCUGGUGCUGGAAGCAUCAUGGAUUCUCUAGGGGCCAAGAAACAUGUCUUAGUUGUGAUAAAUGAAGAGCUUAUGGGAAAUCACCAAUCUGAGCUUGCUGCCAAAUUGGCUAAAGAUAAUUAUCUUUAUUAUUGCAGUGUUCCUUUACUAUACAAAUCUUUACCAUCAUAUGACUUCAAUUUACUUCAACUAUUUCCACCUGGAGAACCACAUAAAUUUGCUGAUUUUCUAGACAAAACUCUAGGUUUUGUCUAAAAUAAUAUAAGUAUGAAUUUUUCUUGUUACCCGUAGAAGUUAGUUUAAAGUAAGCUUUAUUUUUGCGGUCAUCUGUCCAAUUGCAAAUGUAAAAAUCUA